AUGUCUCACACUCAACCUUCGCCUACCGCGGGUGUUGCUCCACACCAUGCGCAUCUCGCAGCGCAUGCCCAGGCCAACGGCCAUAUGACGGCAAUUCCAGUCCAGGCCCAGAAGCCUGGUCCUCUGACCACCGCCCAGAAGAUUGCCAGUCUCAAUGAGCAAGUCUGGCUACAAAUAGGUAGCUUAACCGAGUUGAUGGGUGAUUUGGAGGGUGCGAUGAACGCUUAUGAGCAAGCUUUGCGCCAUAACCAGUGGUCUGUUCCUGCUAUGAACGCCAUCUCGUGUAUCCUGCGAACCAAGGAGCAGUUCCCUAAAGCGAUCGAAUACCUGCAAAACAUCUUAAAGCUGGACCCAAGCAGUGGAGAAACCUGGGGUAGCUUGGGCCACUGCCAUCUCAUGAUGGACAAUCUGCAAGAGGCUUACACCUCUUACCAGCAAGCUCUUUACCACUUGCGGGAUCCCAAGGAACCCAAGCUGUGGUACGGCAUUGGUAUCUUGUACGAUCGAUAUGGUUCUCUAGAUCAUGCCGAGGAGGCCUUUUCGCAAGUUAUGCGCAUGUCUCCCGAGUUCGAGAAGGCAAAUGAGAUCUACUUCCGUCUCGGCAUAAUAUACAAGCAACAGCAAAAAUUCAGAGAGAGUCUGGAGUGCUUCAAGUAUAUUGUUGGCGACCCUCCGCGUCCUCUAACUGAGGAAGAUAUCUGGUUCCAGAUUGGUCACGUUCACGAGCAGCAGAAAGACUUUGACUCUGCUCAAGCCGCUUAUCAGCGUGUCCUUGACCGUGACCCUAACCACGCCAAGGUUCUCCAGCAGCUUGGAUGGCUCUACCACCAGCAGAGCAGCGCCUUCCAAAGCCAGGAGAAAGCCAUCCAGUUCCUGGAGAAGUCUGUCAAUGCUGAUAACAACGACGCUCAAAGCUGGUACCUUCUUGGUCGUUGCUACAUGUCGAUGCAGAAAUACCCCAAGGCAUACGAGGCCUAUCAACAGGCCGUCUAUCGCGACGGUCGCAACCCUACCUUCUGGUGCUCAAUUGGUGUUCUCUACUACCAGAUCAACCAAUACCGUGACGCCCUCGAUGCCUACUCCCGUGCUAUCCGCCUCAAUCCCUACAUCUCCGAAGUCUGGUAUGACCUGGGCACAUUGUAUGAAUCUUGCAACAACCAGAUCGCCGAUGCUCUUGACGCCUACGGACGCGCUGCGGAUCUUGACCCAUCCAACGUCCACAUCAAGGCUCGCUUGCAAUUGCUCCAAAGUCAGUUGUCGGGUUCGGCUCAACAAAACAAUGCCCCCGCUCCCCAGCCUCAGGACGUUCAUCCUCAGGCUUACCAGGCUCCUGGUGUUGCUCCCGCUCCUCCCCGACAGAUUCCCGACUGGAACCGUGGGAUUAACGAGCUGGGGUCCCAAGCCCAAGCUCCUCCUGCCAACGGUGUUGACCCUCGCGAUUCUCGCAUCCCUGGUGUGCCUGCCCAGAGCCCCCGUCAGGAGCCUGGUCGCACAUUCCCCGACCCUCGCGGUGCACCUCGCUCGCCAAACAUGGGCGAUCCCAACUCCUAUCCGGCGCAGCACACCCUUCCCCAAAUCGGCAACCCAUCCGGCCCGGGGCAUGAACGUGCCCCUAGUGGCGGAAAUGCCUUUGGCGCUGGUCGCGGUGGUCUGCCUUCAGCUUCUGCCGGUCCUCCCGGGCCUCCUGGUCCCCCUGGUCUCAAUGGUAAUGCAGCUCCUCCACCUCCCUACCAGGGUCGUCCUACCACCCCGGACCUACUCUUCCCCCCCUCCGCUGCGGGUCCUAACUCCACCGGCAUCGCCUCUGGUGCCCCGCCUCCUCCCUCUGCAGCUACUGCAGCCGACGCUGCCGCUCGCGACCGCGAAGAUCGCCCUACAUCUGCAAUGAAGCGCGGCCGCGAGUGGGAGGCUGACGGUCCUGUGAAAAAGCUCGCUAGUGACGAGAGCCGUGCCCGUCUAGAUGACCAGAACAGCCGCCGCGCCAGCCCGCCCGCUCGCAUGCCUUCUCCUGGUGAGAUGCAACGACGUAGCUCUUCGGAGGCUCGUCGCGAGGAUGCCCGUCGUGCCAAUGAGAACUAUCAUCCCUCGGAGGCUGCGCACCACCCUCCUACUCUGCCUUCCAUUCAAGACAUGCCGCCCCAUGCUUCCAGUGGUCCCAGUCUUCCCCCAAUGACUGAAGGCUCUGCUCCUCCUGCAUCCAACGGACCUCCCUCUGUUCCUCCUUCGGCCAACACUCCGGUCAAGGAAGAGCCCACUCGUCCCGAGGCGCCUCCCGCUCAUGAGCCACCUGCGCGCAAAAUGGACGUGGACGAGGACUAUGACGAUGAGGUGGAGGAAGAGAAGAAAGCAACCGUAUCCAAGGGCAGCCCUAAUGGCAGCGCUGCUGGCAACCCGGCUAACGGCACUGCCCGCCCAGGCACCCCCUCCAAGACCGAGACCGCCUAA